AUGGAACCUGAUCAUCUACUUCACAGCGGUUAUUUCAAUGAAACAAUUCGGUCUUGGCAAGGUACUCAUUCGCACUUAGAUGUUCGUUAUUUGAUUUAUCCGGUGUUUGUUACUGACCUCGUUAGUUUUGAUGACGCUGAAGAAAUUCCAAAUUUUCCCAAUCAGUUUCGUUUUGGACCAAACAAACUAAUUGAACAUUUGUCACCAUUGGUUUCAAAAGGUUUAUCAACAAUAUUAUUAUUUGGUGUUAUCAAAAGCGAAAAUAAAACACCUGAUGGACAAUAUGCAUUAUCACCUCAAUCACCUGUACGACAGGUUUUACCAUUGCUACGAAAGGAGUUUCCAUCCUUAACAAUUGCUUGCGAUCUAUGUCUAUGUUCUUAUACAUCACACGGACAUUGUGGUUUAUUAAAUGAAGCUGGUCAUAUUGAUAAUGAGUUGACCAUCAAACGUUUGAGUGAACUGGCUUUAUCGUAUGUAUACGUCGGUGCGGACAUUAUCGCUCCAUCCGAUAUGAUGGAUGGACGAAUCAGUGAAAUAAAACGUAGCCUUAUCGAUGUAAAGUUGGCUAGUCGCUGUGCGGUAAUGAGUUAUUGUUCAAAAUUUGCGUCCUGUUUUUAUGGACCAUUUCGUGAUGCAGCUCAAUCUACGCCUAGCUUUGGUGAUAGGCGCUCUUAUCAGUUGCCUGUUUACUCGGCUGGUUUAGCAAUUCGAGCGGCAGAAAGAGAUGUAAAAGAAGGCGCAGAUAUUUUAAUGGUUAAACCUGCACAACCGUUUUUAGACAUUGUGAAAGAUUUGAAACAGUAUUAUCCUAACCAUCCAUUGGCUGUGUAUCAAGUAUCAGGUGAAUAUGCCAUGCUUUACCAUGCAGCAAAGGCUGGAGCGUUUGAUUUGAAAACGGCUGUUAUUGAAACAUUGACUGGCAUGCGGCGUGCAGGUGCUGAUAUUAUAAUCACUUACUUUACCCCUCAGUUAUUAGAUUGGCUACAAAAAUAG